AGGAACAACGGGCCAGUCUGGUGCGCGGGCAAAUGAAGCUCUGUUAAACAAACUCUGACAAACAAGGGCACAAGGGCUUUUUGUAUAACGAUGUAUAAGCUGAGGAUUCAGCUGUGAGACUGAAUCCGCGGCUUGGCUCGCCAGCAUGUGCCCUCGCUCCGUACCAAGGCGACGCCUGGGGUGGCGGCAUGGCGCGGCUGACGUGCCCUUGCUGACCCUUUCGGUGAAGCAGGCAACCCAGCUUCAACUUGCGCCUGCGUACGACGCGCUCCGCGUGCGUCACUUGGCCUUCAUCCAAGAGGCCUACAGCGGCGCCGCGCCGCCAGCGGAAGCGAUUCAUGCGCUGCGGGCGGCCCUGGCGCGGCUGUGGGCUUUGGUGUGGGAGCCGCGACACAAGGAACCGCUCUGGCGUCUGGCAGUCAAUGGGUUCACGGGCUUUGGGAUGCUUGCGGCGUGGGCCGCAGAUGGACGCGUGGCGAAAUGCCCGUGUGGGACUCAGAUGACUGCUGGGGCUAGGGUUCAUCACUUCUGGGACUGUGUGGUGGCGGAAGCUCUGCGUGCUUUGAUGCGGGAGCGUGCGAAUGUGGACAUCACACGGAACCAGUUGUGGUUAGUACAGGCGCCACCAGGGCUAUCGCAGGCGGUGUGGGACAUCGUGUGCUUGGCUGCUGUGGCGGCCCUGGAAUACGGCCGACAGCAUUCUCGCGCCUGACAAUGAAGCGCAGUUACACGCCUCGUUCAUACGCUGCACUCGCUCUCGCGCCCUGGGACUAAGAUCACGUAUAGAAAAAGCUAUGAUCAUUCCGUGAUGCCAAUGCGUUGGGCCGAAAUCGCGCUGUCCGCGACGACGCAUAGGAUGCGUCACACUUUCCAGAGGACCCGUAGAUAGCUGUGCGGACUUCUGGUCACGGCUGGCUGCAGACCGGACUGCGGAGGCGGCUGUUGUGCGAAGGAUAGGUGUGGAGGUGAUUGCGGACUUCUGGUCACGGCUAGCUGCGUUUGUGAGUCUGCGUCGGCCUCCGCGCCGCUGGGACCUUGUCCCGAACCAGCACCCAUUCCUAGCGUCAGAUGAUGUUGGAGGGGUUAUCUUGGUAGGGCCAACAGCGGACUCGCCACCGGCCUCACCCUAGCUUGUCAGCUUAGGGACUCGCAAGAGGUAGUCUUAUGACGCCGACCCACGGCUUAGGUGAGCAGCGCUAGCGUUUGUGGUGAGCCGGGCCUGGGGUUCCUCCCCUCUCCGGAGGCGAGGAGCAUGGGGGUCAUUCGGGGAUCUCUCCUCGGGUGAGCGUGCGUGUCUCGUACGUUUUUGGGGCCCUGGCUUAGUCCACGGCUGUCGUCCCACAUGUAACCUCUAUCAGCUACGCACACGGCCCCGCUGGUGCCCCAGGCUAUCAGCGCCGCCCCUUCCGCCCCAGGCCUGCACCCGAUUCCCAUUACAGAUUCACUCCAUUA